UAGUUCAUUGCAAAAAGCAGCGCAGCAGCGACGUUCCGGCGUCUCUGGCGUCCUAUGCACAUAGUACUAAAAACUAGCAUAAUAAUAAGUCUAAUUCGUUUAUAACUUAAGCAAGACAUACAUAGGCAUACGCAUGUGUGUGUGUGCGCUUACAUAUUGCCUGCUCCUUAGUUUAGUUAGUGUUUAGUUAGAUUAAAUGCCGGCUAAAAUGUUGUCCAAAAUGCACCCCAUGGCCAAGGGCAUGAUGACCUAUGCCCUGCUGUGGCCCACGGGCAGCCUCAUCCAGCAAACAAUAGAGGGACGCAACUUCAAGACAUUCGAUUGGGCACGUGCACUGCGCUUCAGUCUCUUUGGCAGCCUCUAUGUGGCGCCCUGCCUCUAUGGCUGGGUGCGUCUCACCAGUGCCAUGUGGCCGCAGACGAAUCUGCGCAUUGGCCUGCUCAAGGCCGUAACGGAGCAACUGUCCUAUGGCCCCUUUGCCUGCGUUAGCUUCUUCAUGGGCAUGAGCCUGUUGGAGCUGAAGACCUUUGAGCAAGCCGUUGCCGAGACCAAGGAGAAGGCCCUGCCCACAUACAAGGUGGGCCUCUGUUGUUGGCCCAUUAUACAGACCAUCAACUUUUCGCUAGUGCCGGAACACAAUCGCGUUAUCUUCGUCAGCUUUUGCAGCCUCCUUUGGACUAUAUUCUUGGCAUACAUGAAAACGCGAACAAUGGAGCCGGACCACGAACAGGUACAGGAUAGGGAGCAGGAAGAGCAUCAUCAGCUACCAGAGAUCGAGCUGCUUACAUAGCUGUUCUAUUUUUUGUUCAUAGAAGAGAGGAAGCACGCGAAAAAGUUGACCCAGUGCAGCAGCUACAGGGAAGGCAGGAGAUGCAGAUGAGGCUAGGGAGACAGCAGCAGCAGCUAUCAGAGAUCAAGCAGGAUGCUGUCCUUGUU